GAAUUUGCGUGGAACGCGAAAUCUCAUGUCGGCGAUGCUUCUGGCUGCGGAAUCUGGAGAGUAGAGUUAGCAUGCUCUCGUUCCCGCUCCGACGAGCCCAGAUUGAGCUGCAGUCCCAUCGAAACUGGCUGAGAACAUUUGUGGUACGGUCGCGCCAUGGCGAGACGGCAUUCAAUAAGAAUGGCUCGGUGAGACUCUUCACCUCCAGCCAUCGACAUGGAGAUGGACAGGAUCAGGAAUAUGAAGACGAACAGAAACAGGAACGGAAGCAGGAACAGACGAGGAAGAAGUGGAAUGCCAUAGCCCGAGCGCGCUACAAGGCUGAUGCGGAGCAGUGGAGGAACAAGGACGGAGAGCAAGCGGCGGAGGGGAGCGAAGCAACAGCGGGAAGCAGGAGACUGUCGGAUGCACAGCGGCGAAAACGUGAACGUUGGGAGGCGCGACGAGCAGGACCACAGACAUAUCAGUUCAAGGCAUUUGGGCUUCGCGAGGAUCUCCUGACGGCCGUCAAGGAGAACAACACUGCUGCGGUCUUCCGUUUGUAUCGCGAUCUGCCCGAGAAGAAACCACUGGUCGCCGAGGACUUUCGAGCGAUUGCACAAUGCACACAUCAAGCCUUGAGAACCGAGAAUCAGCAGCCGCAACAACUCCAGCAAUCAGAGCGCAAGCAAGCCAUUGUGGGCUUUGCAGAGCUUCUGGUCAAAGAUAUUCGCCAUGGCAACCUCGUGCCUUCUAAGAGGGCUCACACACACUUGCUGGGCAUUUUCAAAGAGUCAGGAUACCUCGAUUCUGGCAUCAUGUUCUGGAAUUGGCUGGAGCCUCAAGAUGAUCAGCACGUGGGACAUGAAACGUAUGGCGCGGCCAUCGAAUUGCUCGCCAUUCAUGGCACUCCCCUUGAAGACCUCGAGUCACUCUACUCUAGGGCUUUGGCUCGCUUCCCAGGCAACUUUAGCGCAUACCACAUGUCCCCGAACGCCAUGCUUCCUGAUCGAGAAGCAAGUACGGCCGUGAAGGGGCUUCCUGUCAGCUUGCUUCAGGCCAUUACCACAGCGCGCCUCAUGCGUGGUGAUUCACGUCGAGCAUACCUUGCGCUAGAUACUGUUUUCAGACUCUUUCCUGCCGCAGUCGAAUCUCGCUUCAUCAAGCUCUUCUUGGAGGAACGACCAGUGUCUGAAGCCUACGCGGUCUUUGCACUAGCCUGUCGUGCAGGGCUGGUUCUGCCAUCUGUUGUUUUCAGGACUCUCCUUCCCAAGCUGCGAGCGGCGGCUGAGUCUCGCUCUGCUCAGCACCACAUUGCCUCACUUCGAGCAAUGUUAACAGCAACGCAUCUUCAGCUGGGAGCUACUGGCAAGGUCGUCCCGAACAACGUUGCCGAGCUGAUCAUCACGACGACCACCAUAUUCCGCCGUCCUGGAGUCGACAAGCUGGAAGGCAAGCAGCGUAAAAGGCUUGUAGACGCAAUUCUGCUCUUCGUGCGUCAGAUGUUCGAGACAUUUGCCCGAUUUGGUGUCCUGCCCAGUCCGGCAGCCUUAAAUUCCAUAUUGAUAAACGUUGCCGGCUAUGGUAGGUCCAAAGAGACGCUCGGCAUUGUGCUGAAAGAUUUCGAAGCUCUGAAAAUGACGCAGAAUGAGGUGACUCGACGCACCGUCCUUGCCAUUGCUGGCAUGUGGGGAGACCAAGCGAUGAUCGAGGAGUCGUGGAGCAAGAUCAUCGAGGCCAGAAGAGCGAAGGAUCAAUGGCCAGAUCCGACUGACUUCUUUGUUCUCAGCAAAUCCGUUCGCGCCACAGGUAAAGUAUCCUUUGCACGGGAGCAAUUCGAUACCUUGAAAAUGUUCAUUCCACAAAGUCACCACAGCUCGAUCGACUAUGCCAUCACCCAAGCGUACGAGCCCGAUACCGAUGUUGCUUCUGGCCACGAGCAAGUGAGCUUCGCCGAGCUUUAUGAGGGCAUAGAAAAGCUGAACGCCGACCUUGCCGUGCUUGAGCUCGAGACGCGGGAUCGACCUGCUGUCCAGGACUUUAGUGACAAGCACCUGUGCCUGACGCUUCUGCCGCCGGAGGGGGCGUUGAAAGCAUCUGAAGCAGUCAUGCGCCAAGUGUACGAUGAGAUGACCGCAGACCCUGGUACGCGUGCUGCAGUAGUACAUGACUCCACCACAGAUGCGGAUGUAGAUGAUAGGACCUUUGGAAGGGUUGUGCGUAGCGCUACGAACAUCACCCUUGGCGAUCUGCGCUACGAGACUUGGAAGAACAUCAACAAUUUACUUCAGCUUGCUGAGAAACACGAUGUAAGCUAUAACGAGAUUGUGGACAGGUGCAUUGCGGAGGGCAAAAGGCCGCCGAAGAGGGAAAUGGGCUUCACUGAGACGGAGAUGAGCAGCAUGAGUGGAAUUGGGCUGAGCGAAGUCGCUGCGCGACACAAGAAGAGUGAGGUCACUGUUGAGGAGUAUCGCGCAGAAGUCAAGAGACUCCGUGGGAUGGAUUCGCAGUGACAAAAGGAGAGUGUACGAGUAGGAUGAGUGUACAGUUGUAAAGAUAAUGUCAGGACUCUGCUCAAGCCCCAACAUGGGCACGAUCCCC